AUGGGAGGUAUACUUAAAAAUCCAUUGGCCUUAUCGCCAGAACAGCUGGCGCAGCAGGAUCCGGAAACGCUAGAGGAGUUUAGAAGACAGGUUUAUGAGAACACACAGAAGAAUGCCAAAUUGACAUCGACCAAAAGGAACGUACCGGGGCUAGGUCACGCAGAAGAGGAGGUAGAAAUAGUCGGGACGUCCAAGGGCUUCCUUCCAAAGGACACUCUUUCACUGAAGCACGAACAAGACAUGUUGUCAAAGAUGACGCCGGAGGAGCGAGUUCAAUGGAAUCAAAGAAAUUUGGCGGAAAACGAGAUAACGAAGCAGCAGUUCCAAGACAUCCAUAUAGACGAGCCCAAGACUCCCUACCAAGGCGCCGUCGACCCUCAUGGGGAGUACUACAGAGUCGAUGACGAUGAGGACGAGGAUAACAAUUCCAGUGAUAAAAAGCCUGGACAGGUGGCAAACGACGAUAUCGACGAUUUGUCCCUGGGUGAACCGGAGUUCGAGAUCAAAGAGAACAAACAGCCAGAUAUCGAGACGAAUGACGAGAAUAACGAAGAUUCAACAGAGGCCAGGCAUAAAAAAUUCGAAGAAAUGAGGAAAAAGCACUACGACGUAAGGGCAAUUUUUAACAAGAAAGCUCACCAAGCAUCAGAAGACGAAGACGAAGAUGCUACGAUAACAAAAGAACAAUAA